CAGGAAAUAAUUGAGUGAAGACAAAAGAUGCAGCAGGCUGUGAUGGAGGGGAAACACAGCGACGUGACUAAGGAUUUACCGGCAGUCUGUUAAUUUAGAAGAAGCGGGAAGUGGCUCGGAUAUUAUACAUUUUAAAGAAAGAAAAGCUUUUCUACGUAAAUUAUUGAUCCUCCUGCCUCGCCAAUAGACCUGUAUUCCACUAAAGCCACAAUGCAAUAAAGACGACUUAAUAAAAGCGGCUUUGCUACUGCUGUAGGCGGCUUCUCCAACCUCUGCUGUCGGUGACCUGCUGUAGCCAUGAGGAUACUGAACUCCCUUCAUUGCUUGGGUCCAAAUGUUUACCCAGAGGUGCCUGAUGGCGGCUGGGGCUGGGUUGUGGCUGUAGCCUUCUUCUUGGUGGAGGUCUGCACCUAUGGGACCAUCAAGAGCUUGGGCGUCUUCCUUCAGGAUAUAAUGGACGAGUUUGGGGAGAGCAACAGCCGAGUGUCAUGGGUCAUCUCCAUCUGUGUCUUCAUUUUUACCUUCACUGCCCCACUGUCCACCUUGCUGAGCAACCGCUUUGGUCAUCGUCCAGUGGUGAUGAUGGGAGGCUUCCUCAUCAGCCUGGGGACCAUCACCUCCGCCUUCACCACCUCCAUCAAGGAGAUGUACAUCACCAUCGGCAUUGUUUCAGGCCUUGGCUACUGCCUCACCUUCCUCCCCACCAUCACCAUCCUCACCCAGUACUUCUCUAGACGACGAGCCCUCGUCACCUCUGCCUCUUCCUCCGGAGAAGCCUUCGCCGUAUGUGCAUUUGCUCCUGCCUUCACUACACUGAAGGGACACAUUGGCUGGCGCUACUGUCUGGUUGUCCUUGGCAUCUUACAGGCUUCUGUAAUUGGCUGUGGGCUUCUCCUUCGUCCAGUCAUUAUUAGGCCAAGGCCAGUAAAGGAGGACAAUGAAUCAGAUAGAGAGCCUCUGUCUCUAAAGCAACUGGAGGCCAUUUACGAGCUGGAGAACGAACAAACCAAGACCUCCAUCAGCUCGGCAGUGUCCCGGGGCUCUGAGGACUCAGGUGUCACCUCCCUCUCUGCUUCAAAUGGAGACCUCUGGGCUGCAGGAGCUGAAGCCACGGCUCCAAUGGAGUUUGGAGUGCAGGACAAAGAGGGCGAGGAACAGUCGCUGUCCACGCCUCCCAUCCCGGUUGAGGAGAAGGAUGAGGGCGAGCUAUCAAAGGAAGAGGCGGGUCCUCUCCAGCCCUCCAGACCCAAACUCCUGGACUUCUCUGUGCUUAAAGACAGUGCUUUCAUCUGGUACUCCCUCUUCGGCUUAUUCGCCACGCUGGGCUUCUUCGCCCCGCAGCUCUACAUCAUCGAACUGAGCAAGAGCCGGGGAGUGGAGCCCAGCAUGGCCUCCUACAUGCUCUCUGUGAUGGCUGUGGCUGAGAUCUUCGGCCGCUUGUCUAUUGGGAUGGUGUUGAACAAAGCGUCCUGCAGGAAGACCUUGGUGCUGCUGGCCUGCGUGGUUCUGCUGUGCCUGGUGCUGGUGGCCUUCACUAUCGUAUGGGAGUUCUGGGGCCUUGUGGUGUGCUGCGCCCUCUAUGGCUACUUCAUGGGCACCGUAGGCUCCACUCACGUCCCCAUGCUGGCUGAGGAGGACGUGGUGGGCAUCGAGAAGAUGGCAUCGUCUGCGGGAGUGUACGUCUUCAUCCAGAGCUUCGCUGGGCUUGCAGGGCCCCCGCUCGCAGGUGUGUUGGUGGAUGUCACACAGAACUACGGUGCGGCCUUCUACUCGUGCGCUGUGGGCAUGGGCAUCAGUGCCAUCUGCCUGGCUCUGGUUGGCCCGGCAAAGUCCGGCAUGUGCCAGGGACCGAGCAGAAACAAAGACAAAGGCAAAGGCUCAGAGAACAUGGAGGAGAACAUGUCUCAGGACAACGACCAGCAAGACUUUCUGGAGGUGGACUUGGACGACAGUCCAGUGAGACGGGCUGUGGAGCAGGAAAAUGCUGUUAAUGUAAUAUGAAUCUUACCACAGGGUGACAUCACCUGACAACCGAUGACGCACCACCAGGCCCAACAACAAAUACAGAUGCACUGCGAGAGGCUGAAGGAAUGUCUUCACAACUGCUGCUGGUUCCAAAUCUCAGGUGUCACUCUCUUCACAUUUUGACAAGCUUGAAGUUCACUACUACCCAGAGAGGUAGCAGUCUCCCCCUCUGACACCAAAGGCACAUCAGUGCUGAGCACAUGGUGUCUCCUCCUACGCCAUUUAACAAAUUUACACAGACAUCUGUUCCAGCUGCUGAGGAUAAAAAAAAAACGUACUUUGUUACUGUUUGAUUUCAUUUUCAGCAGGAUUACCUCUAUCUCAGGAAAGAAGUGUUCCCAUGAAAACUGAAACAUCAUGAAUACCAGUUUGGUUAAACAGUCAUGGUAUCUGCCUGAAGACUCUGUGACAUCAUGACUGUGAUGUGCUUGUUGGUAGUGGCUCAUGCACCGGAGCUUUUCAACAGCUCAUUCACUCCUGCUGAACACCUGCAUUCUCGUGUUUUGUCACACUCAACAACUGUGUAAAAGUCACUUCUGCAGAAAAGUCUAAAAGAGUGAAGCAUACACACCCCGUGGCUUUAAAAUGUGAGUUUAUGUAUCCCCAUGUAAAGGAACUGCAGACAAAUUAUGUAUGCAUCCGAAGCAUGGAGAAUGAUUUCACUACCGCUAAAGCUGGACAAGACAACUUACUCAUGCAGUUUGUACAUACACUUUGUCUUCUGUCUGAUAGUCUUAUGCACAUAUAACUGAAUUUAAUUUCUGGCACUAUGGAAACUAAAGCAAUGCUGCAGCAGUGUUCACUGAUCCUGCAGAAUGAAUAAAGAAGCUCCAGCACGGUCUGCACAUGGAGCCUGUGAUCUAUGACACCGGGGUUUGUGGGAUUCACUCUGCAUGAACCUCAGAAACUUACCCCUCCUCAGUUUUGUACAGCUUUGGGUAAAAGUCUUGAUUAAUAUCUAUCGCCAUGUCGUCAUGAUCCUGUUGACAGACUGUAGAAUGACCUUGUGACAAGUGACAAAACUGAAAAGCAGUCAUGAUAGAAUAGUAGAGCCUGGUUUACAGUGAUUUAUUUCCAUGGCUAAGGUGUGAAAGACCUCCUCUGGGAGUCCCUCCUGCAGCCUCAGAUCGUCUCCACACCCACCACAACAUGACCACCUUUCCCUAAUAAUCACUGUAUCAUCAUUAUUUAAACUGUUUAUACAAUGAUUUUAUGUCCCUUUUUUAAUGAAACUUUUUCAUUUUUUUUUUUAUUUAAUUGAGUCAUGGGCAGGUCCCUGCCAGUUGAGUUCUGUACCUCUUUCAUUUUGUAUUUUCUAAAUAAAACCUCCUUCACACUUGGA